AUGGGGCACGGCCACGAGCAUGGCAAAAUGGAACUUCCGGACUAUAAGCAGUGGAAGAUAGAGGGGACUCCCUUACAGACUGUCCAGGAGCGGUUGGCCCGGCGGGGCCUCAGGGAUCCGUGGCUUCGCAAUGAAGCGUGGAGGUUCUCCGGAGGCUAUGCCAAGCCUGUCACUUUAAUGGACGUUCUCGGCAAAGGAUUCAAAUGGGGAUUUGUAGCCUUCGUGAUCUCUCUUGGGGUGGAGUACGCGUUUUUCCCUCCAAAGAAAGACGGGGGACAUCACUGAAGAUUGGAACAUCCGUCUUU